AAAAAAAAAAAAAACUCAAACACCACACCACGCCCCACCUCCCAACAAAAAACCCAAUCACACACAACACUUCACCGCCAUCAUUUUCUCUCUCUAAAAAAUAACUUUCUAUCUCUAGAAAUCUCCAAAACCCUAGGGCUAGGGUUUCAAUCACAUUCCAUCUCUUUCUCUCUGGAUCCAGAACCUAUGGCGGAGGAACCAGCAUCACCGUCGCUAUCAUCGGCGGCGCCGCUAGGAUCAUCGGUGAUACCGAUAGUUAACAAGUUACAAGAUAUAUUUGCUCAGUUAGGUAGUCAAUCGACGAUUGAGUUACCGCAAGUGGCAGUUGUAGGCAGUCAAAGCAGUGGUAAAUCGAGUGUUUUAGAAGCACUUGUUGGGAGAGAUUUCUUGCCACGUGGAAACGAGAUUUGUACUCGGCGACCGCUGGUUUUGCAGUUAUUGCAGACUAAAAGGAAAGGUGACGGUAGUGGUGAAGAUGAGUGGGGAGAGUUUCUGCAUUUGCCUGGGAAACGGUUUUAUGACUUUUCCGAGAUCCGGAGCGAAAUUCAGGCUGAGACUGCUAAGGAAGCAGGAGGCAACAAAGGUGUCUCUGACAAGCAAAUUCGUUUGAAGAUUUUUUCACCAAAUGUUCUUGAUAUUACACUUGUUGAUCUACCUGGUAUAACAAAGGUUCCUGUGGGUGAUCAACCCUCCGAUAUUGAAGCACGAAUUAGAACUAUGAUCAUGUCAUAUAUUAAAAAACCAAGCUGUCUGAUUCUAGCUGUUACAGCAGCAAAUUCAGAUUUAGCAAACUCAGAUGCUCUUCAGAUUGCAGGAAAUGCAGAUCCUGAUGGUUAUAGAACCAUUGGAAUAAUCACGAAGUUGGACAUUAUGGACAGAGGCACUGAUGCUCGUAAUCUUUUGCUUGGAAAAGUGAUUCCCCUUAGACUUGGUUAUGUUGGUGUUGUGAAUCGUAGUCAAGAGGAUAUCAUACUCAAUCGGAGCAUCAAGGAUGCACUUGCUGCGGAGGAGAAGUUCUUCCGUAGUCGUCCAGUAUAUAAUGGUCUAGCUGAUCGCUGUGGCGUUCCUCAGCUGGCGAAGAAGCUGAAUCAGAUUCUAGUGCAGCAUAUAAAAUCAAUACUUCCAGGGCUGAAAUCACGCAUAAGUUCUGCUUUGGUUUCUGUAGCAAAAGAACAUGCAAGCUAUGGAGAAAUUACGGAAUCAAAGGCUGGACAAGGAACUCUUAUUCUGAACAUUCUUUCAAAAUAUUCUGAAGCAUUUUCUUCAAUGAUAGAGGGCAAAAAUGAAGAAAUGUCAACAUCUGAGCUUGCCGGAGGAGCACGAAUUCACUAUAUUUUUCAAUCAAUCUUUGUGAAGAGUUUAGAGGAGGUCGAUCCUUGUGAGGACUUGACUGAUGGUGACAUUCAAACUAUCAUUCAGAAUGCCACUGGUCCUAGAACUCCACUGUUUGUACCAGAGGUGCCAUUUGAAGUUCUAAUCAGGAAGCAAAUAGCUCGUUUAUUAGAUCCAAGCCUUCAGUGUGCCAGGUUUAUAUACAAUGAAUUAAUAAAGAUUAGCCAUCACUGUCUAGUGAAUGAACUUCAGCGGUUUCCUGUUCUAAGAAAGCGCAUGGAUGAAGUUAUUGGAAACUUUUUGCGAGAUGGUCUUGAACCAUCAGAGACAAUGAUUGGACAUAUUAUUGAAAUGGAGAUGGACUACAUAAAUACUUCCCACCCAAAUUUUGUUGGUGGGAGUAAGGCUGUGGAGAUUGCACAGCAGCAGAUCAAGUCGUCAAAGGGUUCUCUUGCUAUGCCCAGGCAAAAGGAUGGCAUAGAGCUUGAAAAGGCACCUGCUUCUGAAAGGAGUAUGAAGACUCGUGGUAUUCUGGCCAGACAAGUAAAUGGGAUCGUGCCUGAUCAGGGAGUACGUCCGGUGGCAGAAGUUGAAAAGGUCCCACCUGCUGGCAAUACAAAUGUUUCAAGUUGGGGUAUCUCAUCAAUAUUUGGUGGAGGUGAUCAUUCUCGAAUGUAUGCUAAAGAAAAUUCAACAAGCAAGUCAUACAACGAACCUGCUCAGAGCAUAGAACCCUUGGAACAAAGCUUGUCUCUGAUUCAUUUAAGAGAGCCCCCAACUGUCUUGAGGCCUUCAGAAAACCAUUCAGAGCAUGAGUCUAUAGAAAUUGCAGUCACAAAAUUGCUGUUGAGAUCAUACUAUGACAUUGUUCGGAAAAAUAUUGAGGACUCCAUACCAAAAGCAAUUAUGCACUUUCUGGUAAACCAUACAAAGCGUGAACUGCACAAUGUCUUCAUUAGAAAACUUUACAGGGAGAAUUUGUUUGAGGAGAUGUUGCAGGAACCUGAUGAGAUAGCAAUGAAGAGAAAGCAGACACGAGAACAACUUAGAGUUCUCCAACAGGCAUUUAGGACAUUGGAUGAAUUGCCAUUGGAAGCUGAAACUGUUGAAAGAGGAUACAGUUUGAGCUCUGAUUCCACAGGAUUGCCAAAGAUCCAUGGACUGCCAACAUCAACAAUGUAUAGCAGUGGUUCCAGUGAUUCCUACACAGCUUCUCCUAAGAACCCGAAGUCCCGGAAGUCAUCCCACUCAGGGGAGCUACAGCCACAUCUAUAUGCUGAUUCUAAUGGAAGUGGACAUGCUUACAUGCCAGGUGUUGAGUGUCUUUAUAAAACUUUGAAGGAGCACUGAGAGUGCCCUGUGGUGCUGGAAUUCUCUAGGGAUUUGAUGUUGAUAGCUGCUUCCUUGUUGCCUCAUUUUCCUCGGAUUUUUUCCCAGAUUUGGAAAGAUAAUUGUGUUAAUAGUGAAAUUUUUUGAAUUUGCAA